GAGCUGUAACAGAAAGAAACGGGAUUCGGUUCAUCUUCAUCAGUUACAAAACCCAAAAAGCAGAUAUUUCCUUUCAUCCUCACUCCUCUUCGAACCCCUUUUGACCUGAUUACCGACACUCCCCUUACGCGCCUCUUCCCUGCCUCAAUUCAACCCCGUUUCCUUCGAUCCAUUGCCAAUGGUGAACAAAAUGCUUUGAUUCUGCUACCCUAAAACGAAUAAACGCUCCUUUCCUACUCCCGAUUCUUCAUUUCCCCUUCAAUCUUAUCCUUUGCUUCAAACAGAUCGCCAAUUCCUCUUUUGGGAAACUGAAUUAAUCGCCUCUUUCUCUUCGUUUUCUCUGCGAUUUAAUGGAGAAAAGGGCGUAUUCAUAAGAGGGUUCUUUCUUUUUCCUUCUGUUCAUCUUUCCCUCUUCGGUUUCUUUUGACUUUUGGGGAUUUGGGUCUGUUCGAGAACGGAUUUUAGAUGGGUUUGCUUAGUAGUAUACUGGGUUUCUUCGGAUUUGGCUUGGGAACUUCGAUUGGGAUUGCGAUUGGAUAUUACAUGUUCAUCUAUUUUCAGCCGUCGGAUGUCAAGGAUCCUGUUAUUCGCCCUUUGGUUGAGCAAGAUACGAGCUCGUUGUUGCGGAUGAUGCCGGAAAUACCUCUGUGGGUGAAAAAUCCUGAUUACGAUCGUAUUGAUUGGCUCAACAAAUUCCUUGAACUUAUGUGGCCUUACUUGGACAAGGCCAUUUGUAAGACAGUGAAGAACAUAGCAAAGCCUAUUAUUGCAGAGCAAAUUCCAAAAUACAAAAUCGAGGCUGUUGAAUUCGACACGCUUACAUUGGGCUGCUUACCACCCACUCUUCAAGGAAUGAAAGUUUAUACGACCGAUGAUAAAGAGUUGAUCAUGGAGCCAUGCAUGAAGUGGGCGGGAAAUCCGAAUGUUACCGUUUCAGUUAAAGCAUUCGGAUUGAAAGCGACUGUUCAGGUGGUCGAUUUGCAAGUGUUCGCUAUUCCGCGUAUAACCCUGAAGCCUUUGGUCCCGACGUUUCCUUGCUUCGCCAAAAUAUUUGUCUCUCUCAUGGAGAAGCCCCAUGUCGAUUUUGGACUGAAAUUGCUCGGUGCAGAUGCGAUGGCCAUCCCGGGGCUGUAUAGGUUUGUUCAGGUACGAAUUAUUCUAUAUCAUGUUAUCUUUACCGACAUUGUCAACAUAGAUAAUGAACUCGUGAAAUUUCUUCCUCGUCAUCCAUGGCAGGAACUCAUAAAAGAUCAAGUUGCCAAUAUGUAUCUAUGGCCGAAGACCCUCGAAGUACCGAUAAUGGAUCCUGCGAAAGCCAUGAAGAAACCUGUUGGCAUCCUUCAUGUGAAGGUUUUGAAAGCAAUGAAGCUGAAAAAGAAGGAUCUAUUUGGGGCUUCAGAUCCAUAUCUAAAACUGAAGCUCACUGAAGACAAGCUUCCGUCUAAGAAAACGACUGUGAAACACACGAAUUUGAACCCGGUUUGGAACGAGGAGUUUACUUUUGUCGUGAAAGAUCCCGAGUCUCAAGCUUUGGAACUGAUUCUUUACGAUUGGGAGCAGGUUGGGAAGCAUGAUAAGAUGGGAAUGAAUGUUGUUCCACUGAAAGAACUUACACCUGAGGAGUCCAAGGAAUUGACUCUUGAAGUGUUGAAAAAUAUGGAUCCUAACGAUACACAAAAUGAGAAGUCGAGAGGGCAGCUUGUCGUGGAAUUGUUGUACAAACCUUUCAAGGACGACGAAGCUCCGAAAGAUGAUGGUGAUGGUGCAGCGGCAGUACAAAAGGCUCCCGAUGGAACGCCCGAUGGCGGAGGCCUGCUUGCUGUCAUAAUCCAUCAAGCUGAAGAUGUGGAAGGGAAGCAUCAUACGAACCCCUACGUUCGUUUACUUUUCAGAGGAGAGGAGAAACGAACUAAGCAUGUUAAGAAGAAUCGGGAUCCAAGAUGGGAUGAGGAGUUCCAGUUUAUGCUCGAGGAGCCACCGGUGAACGAUCGGAUUCAUGUGGAAGUACUGAGUGCGUCUUCAAGGAUAGGCCUGCUUCACCCCAAGGAAACUUUGGGGUAUGUGGACAUAAACUUGGCUGAUGUUGUCUCAAACAAGAGGAUUAAUGCGAAAUAUCAUCUGAUCGACUCGAAGAACGGGCGGAUCCAGAUCGAGCUACAAUGGAGAACUUCAUCAUAGGCGGGCAGCUAGUAGCAGCCACUCUUCUCAUUGUAUUUCUUUGUUGCUUGAAAACCUUUCUCCUUUGUAGGCUAAAUUGAAGUAGGUGAUUUUUGUUUUAAUGAAAUGUUGAUAUGGUUUGGUUUAUUUUCAUUUGGUCAAAAAACAAAGAUUGAAUAAUAUCAUGCUUUCAUUUUGGUUUAAAUCA